UGAAAACGAAGCGAAGCAAAAUUUUAAAACUGCUCAGUGAAUAGCUCACAAAGCUAUCUUCAGAGAGCUUCUUUAUCGAUUCUCGCGUGCAGUGGAAAAACGUCACCCAACUCGCAGGAACGCCGACAAAGAACCACGUCAGAAAGCGAAACGCCAAACGCCAAAAAGCCAGCGGAAAUGUCCACCCGAAACCGUCACCACCACAAAGGCAACGCGCAACCGGCCAACCCGUGGAAUCGGGGAAACAACGCGGGGUCGACGGAUGGCCAGCAGCAGCCAAAGGUGAAAAACGUCAAAACACCGGCUAACAGCGGUGGCCCAUCGAGUUCGCUGAAAAAGUCCGAGGAAAAGUUCGCUCAGGCCCACCAGAAGAACCUGGAAGCGGCCAAAAAGUACGCCGCCCAGCAGUCGUACGAGUCCAGCGAGGAUGAGGAUGAGCGGGGUGGAAGUGAUGGCCCGACGCAGGACAUUUUGGGAUCCGUGCUGAAGAACUACGGAGGCGGUGGUGGGGAUAUUGGCAAGACCCAGGAGUACCUGCAGAACCUGCUGGAGUCCCGUUCGGCGGUUUGUUUGAUCUGCAUUGGCACGGUGAAGCGGGCGGACUCGAUCUGGUCCUGCAAGAGUUGCUACACGUUCUUUCAUCUGCUGUGCAUUCAACGGUGGGCGAACGAUAGCAUUUCGCAGAAGCGAAUCUCCCACGAACAGCAGGAAGGUUACUACAACAGUCGGGGCGAGUACAUCCCGAAGCCGGCACUGUCGGUGCACUGGGACUGUCCGAAGUGCCGCAAGGAGUACGAACCGGUGGACAUUCCGCGCCACUACGAGUGCUUUUGCGCCAAGGAGUUGAACCCGGCAAAUCACCUCUGGUUGAUACCGCACUCGUGCGGCGAGACUUGCCGGAAGCGGCUCGUGCCGGACUGCGGUCACAACUGUGUCCUGCUGUGCCAUCCGGGACCGUGUCCGCCGUGUCCGCAGACGGUCGUCGUGUCGUGCCAGUCGAACGCGAAAACGAUUCGUUGCUCGCAGCGAUCCUGGACCUGUCUGAAGACGUGCAAGCUCAAACGGAACUGCGGAAUCCACGAGUGUGGCGGUGUAUGCCACGCGGCGUCGGAGUGUCCACCGUGUACGAGCCGAAGCAAACAGAAAUGUGCGUGCGGUUCACGAACCAAAGAGGUGAACUGUUCCGAGUCGCGUUGGUCCUGCGGGAAGGUUUGCGGCAAGAAGUACGCGUGCGGAUUGCACAGCUGCGAAAAAGUUUGCCACGAAGGUGACUGCGGCGAGUGUCCGUUGGGAUUGCCUAGGACUUGUCCUUGUGGCAAAACUAGCUCCGUCGCGUCUUGCUCCGAGGACAUUGGAACGUGCGGAGAUACUUGCCAAAAGUACCUGGAAUGUGAACAGCAUCGCUGCAGCGAACGGUGUCACUUGGGGAAAUGUGGCCAAUGCUUGGAACUGGUUCGCAAGGCCUGCCGCUGUGGUUCCUUGAGCAAGGAAGUUGCUUGCCACAAAGUGCUCAAUUGUGACCUGAAGUGCAAGAACGUACGAAGCUGCGGCAAACAUCCCUGUAACCGUAAGUGCUGCGACAGCCAAUGUCCUCCGUGUGAUAAAGUUUGCGGGAAAACGCUGCCUUGCGGCAAGCACAAGUGCAAUUCACUCUGCCACCACGGACCGUGUUAUCCCUGCAACCAGAAAGCAACCGUCAAGUGCAGGUGUACGGGCACGACCCAGGAGGUUCCGUGCGGCCGCGAGAAGAAAAUCGGCGCUCCAAAAUGCCGACUUCCCUGUCGAAUCCACUCCAAGUGUCACCACACGAACCCGCACCACUGCCACCAGGGCGACUGUCCGCCGUGCCAGAAGAUCUGUGAACUCCCCAACGAUACCACCAACUGCGCCCAUCCCUGCGCGGCCAAGUGCCACGACGCGGUCCGCGUAGUCACCAAAGACAAAAACUUCAAACCCGUCGGUCCGUGGGACGUUCCAAUGGAAAUCGUCGAGAUUAAGCAGUUGCCGCACCCUCAAUGUCAGGUCCCAGUCCCCGUGACCUGCAUCGGAGGUCACGAAACGGCGCAGUGGCCUUGUUACAACUCUAAACCGGCGUCCUGUGGGCGCGAAUGUGGUCGCGCUUUAAAAUGCGGCGUCCACACCUGUCCCCUCCAGUGUCACGCCUUCAAGAAACGCGACACAACCGAAGAAGACCCGAGGUGCCAGUCUUGCACGGCGGGUUGCAUCAUCCCGCGUCCCGCCGGGUGUUCCCAUCCGUGCAAGCGACCGUGUCAUCCGCCACCGUGCAAUCCCUGCCAGGCGCCGACAAAGGUGGCCUGCCACUGCGGACUGACGCAGAUCUUCUACAAGUGUCAUGAGUUUUACAGCAGCGACAAGACGGAGCAGGAGUUGGUGGCGUUCCGCGAGGGGAUUCUGAGCUGCGGGCAAAAAUGUAUCAAAAAUUUCCCCUGUGGCCAUCGCUGCAACUCGACGUGCCACUCCGGCGACUGUCCGAACCCGGAAGCGUGCACCAAAAAGGUGAAAAUCACCUGCGAAUGCCGCCACCGGAGGCUGGAGGUGGCCUGCAGUGCGGCCCGCACCAACCCCCGGUCACUGGAGUGCGACGAAAGCUGCAAAUCCGUAAAGGCCGCCAAGGAGCAGGUGCUGACCGAGCGCGAGCGCGCCCAAAAGGAGCAGGAGGAGGCAGAAAAUCAACGCGAGUUGGAGGAGUAUGAGAGAAAAGUAGGCGGCCGCAAGAAGCACCGCGAACGUAAACGAGUUCAGGUGGAGGAGACCAAAGAAAGUAACUGGAUGGUGAUGGUGGCCGUUCCGGUCGGAGUGCUAGUGCUUGCCAUGAUUGUUUAUUUCACUUUGUUGCGUUAAGCGGUUUUAUUAAUUUGAAUUACAUGACUCAUCUUGCAAGUCA